GCUGCUGCAGCGGCGGCUCGGUGUGCAGGCCGGCCCGGGAUGCCGUCCUCUUGUCCCCGGAACUCCAGGGCUGGGGACAUGGAUCGAGGUGUGCGCAGAGCUCCGGCCGUCUGCACGCUUCUCUUCCUGGGGAUCGGGCUGCAGCUUAACCCGUGGGCAGCGGAAGUCAUCGGAACAUCAACCAAAAACACCAUGGAGCCUACUACACCUGCACCGACAUCUGUUUUGCCAGAAGAGCCAGGAAAUUAUACUGACCAGCUUCUGAAUUUUGUACAAGCUGUAAAAUCUUCUUCAAUCACAGCUGGUUUAGAAGAACAGUCUACAGUGUUUCCGCUGUCUCAAGACACUAAGUUUCCUGACUCUACAGAAAUAAUCACUUUUACUCAGACACCCAUACUAGUUGUGGAAUCUACCAAAAUAGCUGAGCAACAAGAACCUACCACAGAAUUUCAAGAAUCGCUUUUUUCAGAUUUUACAGUGUCUCUGGUAACAAUCUCAACCCAUCUUCCAAAUUCAUUACAAGUUAUUCCACCCACAAUCACAACCAAGUCAGAAGAAAUGGCUACAGGGUUUCUAACAUCUUUAUUAGCAUCCCCUGGCCCACCGGAAAAAAUAACUAUCUAUCCGGCAAAUUCUGUAGUGGAUCUGGAACCAACACCAACAACUGUGAAGGAAACUGCAAUGUAUUCAACAUAUCUUUCCUCAGAGAUUCCAAACCUCAUGGGAACAAUCACUGCCAGUCUUCAGAAUUCUUUACCAGCUUUAGAACCAGCAAUAACUGCUGGGACACUUUCCAGUGAAGCUGCCCUAAGUUAUGAAGAAUUGACAUUCACUUCCCUUAGUGCUCAGCCAAGCACAUCUUUGGCAACCUCCUCUGUUUUAUAUGAUUCGCUAAUGACAAAUGAAGCAUUGGAUGCCAAUGUGUUAAGCACCCUGUUCCUGGAAGCUUCUGGUGCAAGUCAAACUGAACCUAUUUCCAGUUCAUUGGAAUCAAGCUUUUUUAUGCAUACAGCUACAGCGCAAAGCACAUUUAUUUCUGAACUGGGAUUUUUACAUUUAACUGAGAUGGAUGUGAGUACAGGAACGUUACUAAUGUCAACAACAUAUGCAGAGGUCCCCACCUCCAUUUCUUUUUCGUGGAACUCUCUGGUAGAAAUGUCUUUACUGAACUCACAACAGUCAAAUGUUCCUUUUUUUCACAUCACAACACAAGACACAACUGUGGUUUACAGCACGCCCAUGGCCACUUUACUGGAUGUAUCUGUAACUUUACAGAGUAACUCUGUUACUGAACUUGUAACCAAAUCAAAUGACAUCACCAGCAUUACAACCAAAAGUCCAUUACAGAGUAUAUUUUUUUCUAGUGUUGGGCUCCCUACAGAACCACAUUCAACCACCAGCCCUGAUUUUUCUCAAAUAAUAACUCAAUUUUCAUCCACUUUGAUGGUGUAUGGAAUAACCAGCAGUGAUUUACCAGAAUUUUCAAGAAGUCAUCUGGUAACUGAGGAAGGUGUUUUCACAAUGGUUUUAAGUCCAGUGCCUCCUCUUACACCUCUCCAAACUCAGACUGUCCUGCAAUCAAAUGCUGUCACUUCUGAGUUGAAGGAUUUUGAGUGGAUGUCGGGAGAUUACUUCGAAACCAUAUCAAUGUCCUCAGGAUACAUAAAGCUUAGUGCUCAGAAUACUGUAACAUCAGACACAGAGGUACCCUCCUCUGUCUUCUUUGGCACUGUAGUCCCUGGGAGCUCAGUGUCUCCAUUAUCUACUUGGCAUAUGGACUCUUUAAAUUCAUCUAUGUAUGUGGCAAACCAUGUUGGUUCCAGCCUUACUGAAGCCAUUCUGUCCACUUCCAUUCCGUUCCUCAGUUUAGAGAUGGAGACACAUGUGUCUUCUGUCUUAGACUCCACAAUGUUCAUGCUUUCACCAACAGAGCAGUUGUUUACUGCCACAGCCUCUAUUUUUGUUGAUCAAACACUUGGCACAAGCGUGGUGAUACCAGUGUCAACUCCUUUCCUUGGUACUUCUCUUUUUGAGCCUAUUAACACAGUGGAAGCACCUGCAUUUGUGCCAACAGAAUCUGGUCAAUUCUUUAGCAGAACCAUAUUUUCUUCUGAAGAUUCACUUUAUACUUCUGGUAUAUCAUCUAGCCAUUUAUCAAUGGAUUUUACUCUGGAGCCAAGUAGCUCAUUGUUUUCAUUACAUGAAAACGUUAUCACCUCUUUUACUUUUUGGGAGUCCAGUGAGCUGUCUGAACCUUUAUCUCAGGGCUUAACCUCAAUGCUUGAAACAUCUAAGUUAUUUCUAGUUAGCUCUGUGUUUGAGUCUGAAUUUACACCUGCCACUGAAUCGAUUAAUUUUGAGGGGUCAGGGCUAAUGCCAUGGCAGACCUCAAACAUCAACUCUGUUGCCUCUCUGACCCCAUUCAGCUCUGAGUGGAAAUAUGAAAGUUAUACUGUCUCCUCAGAGUAUUCUGUACUAGUGGAGGCAACGUCCGUACUGCCAUUGGAACCUGGCACUUUCUAUACCUCAAAUGUUACAGAUGCUACCUCUCCACUGAUGCCUUUGUUCUCUUUAUAUUUAACAACAGAUUACAUUCCAGCCUCACUCACCUCCUCUAUCAGUUUUAAUCAUACCAGCAGUGCACUGAUUGAAGAAACUCUUCAAACAUCAUUGUUUAUCACACCAAUGCCUGAGUUAUCCAAUACCAUUGCUUCUUCAUUGAAUGUCUUAACUUUGUCAGUGAAUAUGUUCAACACAAUUGGAAGCAGUAUGCCACCCACCCUCAGUGUAUCACUCACAAGUUUGACUCCUAGUUUGAAUGUACCUCUUAGUCUAAGUGUUCAGUCCACCGUAUAUUUGCAACCCAGUUCUAGUUCUUUUGUAUAUUCAUCCACUUCAGUGCUUGUAACUAGUGUUGUGACAUCAUUUCUUCCAACUUUACCUACAAAGUCAACAGCCAAGGCAAAUAACACAGCGACAACUAUAAGUACAACGGUAUCCACAGCCUCCAGCAUCAAUCCACCCACUGCCACAAUUUCUUCUACACCUCAUGUGCCAAUAACACCUCCUUCUGGAAUCACUGGUGUGACUUCAUUUACCAUGACCAGACCAACACUUCUCUGUGAUAUCACAAAUCCGGAGCCAUAUCUUGUUACUGCAGUUCUACGAGGAGCAAACGUUGAAGGCCUUUUAGAAUCUAUCAAAGACCUGAUGACACUACAAUUUAACAGAUCCGUGGAGCUUGAGGUGUAUUCACCAUAUCCGAAACUCUCAUUCAUUGUCACUUCUGGACCCUUUGUUUACACAUCAUUUGCUGUUGGAAAUACCUUGAGUACAAGCCACCUCCUCAUCGGAGAGACUUCACCCAUCCUCUCUCUGCAGACAGCAACAUUAGGACUUGAUCAAAGGUUCCACAUCCAGACUGUGCUGCAGUUUGUCCCUCAGACGGUUGACAUUAGACUGUGCACAUUCAGUGAGCAGAUCCAGAGGGGGCUCAGUCUUGCACUCUAUGAAGUGAGGAGAUGGAGACAGGAGACUGACAACCUCACUGUGCAGAUUGUAAACAUUACAUCGAGCCUGUCGCGGGGGCUGAUUUGGAAGGCACCAGUGACAGUCUCUUAUGCUGUCAAGGAGCGCAGUGGAUUUCUGAAUGGCUCUGAUGUGAGCGAUCAGCUGAGGAACUUGAGCCUUGUGGAGUUCAGCUUCUUCCUUGGUUUUCCUGUGAAACAGAUUGCUGAACCUUCUCGUUACCCCCAGCUGAAUGUGUCUCCCUUGCUGAAGGAUUCUUGGCUAAAGACAGUUCUUUUGGGAGUCUUGGAGCAGCAGCUGAGAGAUGAAGCUUUCCAGGCAGAGAUGGAGAGAAAGUUGGCACAAUUAAUCAGUGAGGCCACUGGGCAAAAACGUCGAUGGAAAAGGGCCAGCCUUGCAGGUGUUAAUACCGUGCAGGUAGUAAACGUAUCACGUAUGGAUGGAUCUGACGAUCCUGUGCAGCUGGUUUACUUUAUAGAGGAUCAGUAUGGGGAUCGACUCUCCGCAGCUAAGGCAUCAGACUUAAUUAAUGAGGUGGACAUCCAACGAGCAGCUAUUAUUAUGGGAUAUCGUCUUCAGGGUGUUGUUGCUCAACCUUUAAACCAGGUACCUGAGUCUGACCGCCAAGCCCAGAACUUGUGGAUCAUUGUGGGAGUGGCUGUCCCAGUUUUGGUGGUCACUGUGAUUAUCGUUAUCCUUUAUUGGAAGCUAUGCAGGACUGACAAGCUGGACUUCCAGCCGGACACAAUGAGCAACUUGCAACAAAGACAGAAGCUGCAGGCCCCAAAUGUUAAAGGCUUUGACUUCGCUAAACAACAUCUGGGUCAGCACAAUAAAGAAGAUAUACUUGUCGUCCAUGAGCCACCCCCACCUGUCCUUCAUGGACCUCUGAAGGACUCAACCCCAUCUGAGAAUGGAGAUGUUCCAACUCCCAAGUCAAAGGGAUCAUCUAAACAUCUUAAAGGCAGAAGGCAUAGAGGAAGCAGGAUUACCCCUUCUGAUGCGGGAUCCUCUGCCAGUGAACCAUCCAGUGGGAAGGAAUCAGCGGAGGAAGGAUCACACAGACCUUCUGCUCCUCCUCGUGAGACUAACCCACGCUUAACAGUAAAAGAGAUGCCAAUAUUGGGCAGUGGUACGGAGCAGCACUCCUCUGCCUCCAUAUUUGAACAUGUGGACAGGAUGUCUCGCUCUUCUGAAGCCAGUAGACGCUUCCCUAGUAAGAUUCAGCUCAUUGCUAUGCAGCCCAUUGCAGCUCCUCCUCUACAUGGCCUGUCUAUGUCUGAGCGCGAAGCAGAGGCUAACAAGAUCAACAGGGAGAUUCAGACCACACUACGGCACAAAUCAGAAAUAGAGCAUCACCGUAAUAAGAUUCGUCUUCGAGCAAAGCGCAAAGGUCAUUAUGAAUUUCCACUGGUGGACGUAGUUGCCAUGACAGACACAAAGGAGCGUCAGCGCAUGUAUCGCAAGGCACAGAUGCAGUUUGAUAAGAUUUUAGACCCAAUCACUGGUGUUCCCACUGUGUUUAUAGAACCACGAAAGAGUUCUAGAGCAAGGCGCUCUCCCAAACAACGUCGUAGACAGCAGGGGUCUGGUAGCCCCCCUGGUGCAGACAGAGAUCGCUUGAUAACUACUGAUAGUGAUGGUACCUACAAAAGACCCCCAGGAGUCAGCAAUUCUGCCUAUGUGUCGGACCCAGAUCUCCCCUCUGACAACCCCACUCCAGUCUCUGAUCUAGGGAAAUUUCCAGGCUCCCCGCAUCGCCCUCCACCUGCACAGUAUGUGGCACCACAGCCUUCCAUUGAAGAAGUACGGCAAACUAUGCAGUCACUGCUUGAUGACGCUUUCGCUCUAGUAGCUCCAAGUAGCCAAAUCUCUGGGACACCAGGAGUUACACAGACCGGUGGUACUUCAGGGCAGCAGCCAGUUAGUAGUACACCUGCUCGUACAGGGCGGAGUUUUGCACCCUGGGGUAGUCCAUAUCCUGCUCAUCAAGCAUCGCAUUUCAAUAGGUACGUGGAUUAUAAUGUGACACAGCCGUCCGCCCCCAGUCUUCUUACUAGAAGUCCAGGAUUUGGUUCUGGUUUCCUACCCCCAGCAGAGGCAAUACCAUCAGAUUCUCAACAAGCAGAUACCCAGUAUCCAGCUAGGGGAAUGUACCCAGAGGAAGUGCCUUCUGUUGCAAGACCACGACCCCUAGGCAGCACUGCAGGGUCUGCUCAGAUUCACCAACUGACGCAGGUGGGAAUUGCCAGCAGAAUGGGGGCUCAAACCUCAGAACCUCAAAACAGAGUGGGACAACAGCCAUCUACAGGUCCUGGCUGGUCUUCAUAUUAUCAUCAGGAAGAGGAGAACACACGAAAUGUCACUCACAGAGAUCCUAGUCACUCGCAUGGACCCCAGGAUUAUGGAGCACCACAGAUGUUCUCGGUGAAUAGAGGCCCUGUACGUCAGCCUUUGCCCACCUCUCAUCUUCCACCUCCAAUCUGUUACCCAUCAGGGUCAGCUGAGGACCUCCACCCUAGCCAUUCUUCUGCAUCCCUCAUUAAGGCCAUCAGAGAGGAGCUUCUGCGCCUUUCUCAGAAACAGGCGUCAGUGACCACUUACCAUAGCUGAUUGGGGCUGGGUACAGCUGGCUUAAUGUCUGCUUCCUAUGGAAGCCAGCACAGGUCUGAGGAGCACAGAAGAAGAAGGAAGAGCCAGUGCUGCAACAAAGAAGAGUUUGGUGGACGUGUUUUGUAAACCAGAUUGGAGCUGUUGUCUGCACAUUGCAGUAAGGGCCGAAUGAAGGCUACAAUGGUAGAUUUGCACAUUCUUAUACUGUACAUGCAAAACCUAGUACAGAGGUUACACUGGUAUAAACUCUCACAUAGGAACAGGGUCUGUUUUUUGGCAGUUGGGGUCCAUAUGAGAAUAUUCUACUGAACAUGGGAAAAACCUGGAGAUGACAGUGGUCAAGGAAGGUUUGGCCAGUCACCUACGACUUAAUUGUGGCCUAAUGUGGAACCGUUUUCCUAGAUGAACAAUGUCAGGGUUGGUCUCACAGGUCCAGUGCUACUGAAUAGUUUUCAGUAUGCAAAAACUAAAAGACUAAAAAAAAAUAAAAAAACAGUAGCUGAAAACAGACCGAAAAAGCUGCAGGGCUGCAAAUUAACAUUGUUUACUGAUGAAUCUUAAACCGACUUGUAAUCGUUAUCUACAAGGUCUGUGCAAGUACUUACCUUAUCUCUGACUUUUGCUAACCUCAGACACCAUAAGCAGUAGAGGAUUAAUAUGUAAAACAUCUGUCAGAAUACUGGUGUUAUGCAAAUAAGAGGAAAUUAAGCAUAGCUGUGCCUAAGUGCUUACAAUCACAAAGUGCCAUAUAUAACACUCACAACGAGCAAUAAUAAUCCCUGUAUGAUUUGAAACAUGGAGGCACAGGGCAUUUGGCUGGAGAACUGACACUUUAGUGAGAUGUGGGUUACUUGUUAGCACUUGUGUUAUGUUAGGGAGAUUAUGGGAGUCUUUUGGUCAGUAUCAGUGUCUUCUAGGCAGAGCUAGAUUUAAUGCGGCUCUGUCAUCUUCUGGGAUCUGCGUAUUUUCCAAAGUCCCCUGAUGGUGACUUUGCUGUUUGCAGUGCAGUGGAUUGGGUGUACAGGGGAAAGUAUGUUUUACAUACUUAAAGAUGUCCUUCACACCUGCGGCCAUGACCAUCUGGCGGAUUUUCUUCAGCUCCUAGCGUUUUAUCUGCCAGGAGCCCACAUCAGUACUUUAUUACAU